CACACACACACACACACACACACAGUCUGCAGUCCACUACCAGCCCAUGUUCCCAGACGGGUCGGAUGAGAGCUGAGGGGUGCAGCUGUAGUCCUGCUUUCAUCAGCAGCUCAGUCCUGUGUUAACACAACAAACACACACACACACAACAAACACACACAUCUACUCACACGAACAGCAGCAGGACAGACCCAGGCUCCAUGGCGGCCCCUCCUCGCUUCCCCGGCGGGAAGAGUGUGGACGUGUCCCCGGCUAACUGGAGCGGCCCGGCGGCCCUGGGCAGACCGGUGUGUGUCAACGGGACCCCGUGGAUCCUCUACCUGCUGGAGGAGUGUGUGGACAAUGUGUGGGAGUACUGCAGCGUGGUGAUAGGACUCGUAUCCAUGUUCUGCUUCCUGCUGUCCACUCUACCGCAGGUCUACGAGGCCUAUCGUAAUGGUAAAGUGGAGGAGGCCAUGUCUUUUGGCUUCCUCUUCUUCCUCUUGAGUGGAGACGUGACCAGUUUUGCCGGCUGUUACCUCACCAGCCAGCUGCCUAUUCAGACUGUUACAGUGGUGUUCUACAUCUUCACAGACGUGAUCCUCAUCUCCCAGUUCCUGUACUAUAAGAUUAAGAACAGCUCCAGCAGAAAGAGCCCGGGGCUGAAGUGGCUGUGCUCAUCGUGGUGUGUUGCUGCUACAUUAGUCCUCCUGGCUUUACCCAAGCUCAUCGUUGACAAUAGUGCUAAUUUAGACCCCCAGAGUCCAGCUGCCUCUAAAUCGGUAGAAAUCACUGGCUACAUAUGUGGAUACCUGGCGUCGGUCUUCUACCUCUGCUCCCGUUUACCCCAGCUCUAUAAAAACUUCCGGCGGCAGUCCACGGAGGGGACCUCUUACAUGUUGUUCGCCCUGGCCAUGAUGGGCAAUGGGACGUACGGGUUGAGCGUCAUCGUGGUGCUACCUGCGCUGAAGGGCUCCAAACAGACGUUCAUCAUUAAACAUCUGGCCUGGCUCAUUGGCAGCCUGGGAGUCCUCCUACUGGACUUCUUUGUAACUGCCCAGUUCAUCAUGUACAGGAAAAACCACCCUGCUAAAAGCAAAAUGCUGCUCAGCGUUCCAGAGGUGGAGCCUCUUCUGUGUGAGGAGGAGGAGCUGUCGGUGUUAUAAGAAACAGCACGGACACUGACUUAGUCAAGAAGAGACUGGGAGCAAACGCACCCACAUGAGGAAGCUUCGAGUCAGAUGUCUUUAAACAGAUGCAAGCUUUAUGGAGAACAAAGUGCCUGUUCACGUUCGACAAGGUAUAUGCAACUGUAGCAGAUUUGACAAGGUUUUUUUUGUGUGCUCCCGGUUUUCUUUUCUGCAUGGUUAGCUGUGGCUGACGGGAAGUUGUCAUAAUCAUAAUAUUAGCUCAAUAGACUUAUGUUUUUAGUGCAUUAGAAUUAGACUGGAUAUAGAUGUGUACAGGUUUCAAAGGGAUCAUCUCUGCUUUCCUUAAGAAAGACUUGGUGCCUUUUAUAAGCUGAUUACAGUCUUAUAAUAUAAAUGCACUGUAUAUGUAUUUUUGUGCGUGUGUAGCCAGUAGCAUUAACAGUUUUAAGUUUCCUCUUAAGACAUUACUAUUCAACAAUGACCGAUCUAGAAAUAACUUCAAUAAAGAGUUAUACUUGACAAAUAGAUGAUGACAUUAAAGGCGAGAAAAAACUAACGAUAACUAAUAGAUGUUCUGUUAAUGAGCAGUUCAAGUAGAGAUAAUAUGGAUUAAAAUAAUGUCUGUUCAAUGUUGUGCUAAAUUGUGUGACACAGUGUGUGGGAAGCGGUGUCACAGUUUGAGCAACUAUUGAACGAACUUACUGUACCUGAGAUCUGCAGAUUCCUCUACCUCAUUAUUCUAUGGACAUGUUUAUUACUCCCAGCGUUUCAUUGUGAGCUGGCCUGAAAGCUGGCCACUAUGCUUAGGAACAUGUAUUUAGCCUUAAAUUAGAAAAUUCUAAUUUAUUCAACAACAUCAACACUGCUGUUUCAUUUUUGAAAUAUACGUUCCUUAGUGUCACCAAAUAAACCUGAGCAACAUGAUUGACCUUAUUUCUAGUCUCAGACGGAGAUGCAAUAAUGUGAAUUGAUGUUA